UCACGCGGGCGGUUUUCGUUAAGUGCGCGUACUUGGCCUCAUUGCUGGAAACGCUGCAGAGGAGCAGUAUAUGACGACAGAUGCAUCGUUACAUGACCACUGAUAUAUAGAAGAAAGCAGUUACAGUAUGAAUCAGUGCCAACAACCAGGUCAAAGUGAGGAGCAGGAGGAGGUGACUGGACUGGUAUGUCAGGAGGAUCACCUGAAAGAUGGGCAGAUGAAGGAAGUAACUGUAGGGGACCAGAAGGUGUUGCUUGUCCGUACCCACGGUCAGUACAGUGCUGUUGGAAGCCAGUGCUCUCAUUACAAUGCUCCUCUUGUCAAAGGAGCAUUGGUUGGUGACAGAGUCAGAUGUCCCUUUCAUGGUGCUUGCUUUAAUGUCAGAACUGGAGAUAUUGAAGAGUAUCCAGGUCUAGACUGCCUGCCCAGCUAUAAGGUCAAAGUUGAGGAUGGCAAGGUGUACGUUUCCAUCAGCACAAAAUCUCUUAAACUGACCAAGCGAGUGAAGGAGAUGUGCAGCUUGGUACCAGACAUCAAACAUACUAUUCUGCUCAUAGGAGGGGGCCCUGCCUCCCUGGUAUGUGCUGAGACUCUGCGACAGAACUGCUACCAAGGUCGAAUCAUCAUGGUCACCAAAGAUACCCUUCCUCCAUUUGACAAACCCAAACUGAGUAAGGCUAUGAACCUGGACAGCAGCAGCAUCCUCCUCCGCUCAAGUGAAUUUUAUCAGCAAUAUGGAAUAGAGGUGUGGACACAGAGGGAGGUUGUGUCAGUAAACCCAGCUGAGAAGGCAGUGAAGUUGAAUGAUGGCAUUUUGCAGCAUUACGACCAGCUCCUCAUCUCAACUGGCUGUAGAGCGCAGCCACUCAGCUGUCCUGGUUGUAACCUGCAGGGAGUAAAGCUACUGCAGAGUUAUGAAGAUGCCAAAGAUAUUCACAACUCCUGUCUUGGCCAGAGGGCUGUCAUCAUCGGGGCCUCCUUCAUAGGUAUGGAGGUAGCAUCAUUCUUAUCAGACAAAGCUGCCAGUGUGGCCAUGGUUGGCACUACCAGAUACCCGUAUGAGCGAUCUCUGGGCACGGAGAUUGGCAAAAUGACGAUGCAAAUGCUGGAGGAACAAAAUGUGAAGUUUUACAUGAAUGACAGAGUCACUGAGAUUAAAGGGGAGAACGGCAAGGUGAAGGAGGUUGUACUAAACAGUGGAACAGUCCUGGAAGCUGAUGUGGUGAUUACUGGAAUCGGUGUAAUCCCCAAUUCAGACUUCUUGGCUGGAAGUGAGGUAGAGAUGGAUUCAAGGAAAGCUGUGAUUGUUGACAAGUUCAUGAGGACCAAUAUAGGAGAUAUUUUUAGCGCUGGAGAUGUAACCUCCUUCCCUCUGGCCAUUCGUGGAGACCAAAGAGUCAACAUUGGUCAUUGGCAAAUGUCACAAGCUCAAGGAAGAGUAGCUGCACUGAACAUGCUAAACAAACCAACCAAAAUUGAGUCUGUUCCUUUCUUCUGGACUGUGUUGCUUGGGAAGAGUAUCAGAUACACCGGCUAUGGGGAAGGAUACACAGAAAUUAUAUUCAAAGGCAAAGUGGAAGAGAGGAAAUUCCUGGCAUUUUACAUAAAGGAUGAGGUGGUGGUAGCUGCGGCCAGCCUGAUGUUCGAUCCUGCGGUGGCUCGUCUCGCAGAGCUGAUGGCUUCUGGCCAUGUUUUAAAAAAGGCACAGGCUCAAGCUGAUGACCUGACAUGGCUGCAGAUGUGACAUAAGGUCUGCUGUAUUCAGGAGUGUAACACCUCUCAUUGACGAUUGAAGUUGCCUCUCUCUUCCUUGUUCCUCUCUUUAAUAGUGCCAAGGUGGAUUGCUCCAUUUACUGCCUCAGGUCUCCUGAAAGCCAAUCAGACCUCUUGUCUGCUCUUACUCAGACAACCGUUACCAUGGCAGAAAAACACAGCUUUAUUGAAUUUGCAAUUUGUAUACCCAGUGAAUAAUCUUAUCUUUAUGUAAUGAGCAUUGCCUGAAUAAAACUAAACUGACUUGCAGCAGUUUCAUCUGUAU